AUGGCUCUUGUUGGAAACUACUCAAACUCCACAGCGCAAACUGGGUCGAACUUGCCUCGGUUCAAGCUUUACGCAAAAGAAGAAUUAGUGAUUGCAACUAUAAUUGAAAUCUGCCUCGCCGCUGUGGGAACCUUUGGAAACUGCGCAGUUUCUGUGGCAGUUGUAAAAAACAGAGCUCUUCACGUUGCCUCGAAUUUUUAUAUGGUUUCUUUGGCCCUGGCAGAUCUUCUUGUGACAGCGUUUCUUGUACCCAUGCGGGUAGCUCAACACUUGGCGCUCUUCAGUGGAAGCAUUGUGGAGGAAGCUGUUGUUUGUGUGUUGGGUUUUAUUGGGAGAAUAACCAUUCUAGCAUCCGUGUCUAGCAUAGCUGCCUUAAGCAUGGAUCGUCGCAUGGCCCUAAAGCAUCCACUGAAAUAUCACUCCGUCAUAAGGUUCGCCAAAGGGCGCGCGGUAAAGGUAAUUUUAACAAUAUGGGUGCUUUCUCUGGCUUUCACUAGCUUAACCCUUAUUCCUGGCGUGGAUGAUGAGGUUUACCUUAUAGGAUUUGCAUCAUACGUUUUGAUGGUCUUUGCAGUGAUUCUUUUUGCGUAUGCUAAUAUCCUCUAUCUUGUGCGACAAUCAACGCGUUGGAGAAUAUCUGCCACUAGUUCUCGUUCUAUUGCUACGAAGGAUGCAAAGGGCGAACUCGGUUUUCGUACAGGUUGUAUGCAUCUGCCUAUGCACAGAAAAACACGAACUCCGAAUUCUACCACCAGUGGAGUUGAUACUGAAGUAACAUGCCCAGAGACAACGCAAACACAAUCCACGAACACGAUCCACGAUCACGAAAACGAACUUGAUUCACGUAACGAUGGUAAAUUGGGGGAAAAUAAAUCUCUUGAGAGUCUACAUGUGGAGACCUUUUCAGUGAGAAAGGAACAAAAUGAAAAUAAAGCUUCUUCAUUCCAGCCGGGUUCUGAAGCGGAAACGGAAAUGAAGCGCAGAAAAGGAAAGUUACGGGCAAAGGUGAGCCCUGCUGAAAGUCUUGGCGUGUUUCAGUCGCACAUAGAACUGAAGACAAUAGAAAAAGCAUCAGUGUCCUGUAUUGAAGGUGAAGAAAACUUACUUGAGCGAAGACGUCAACGAAAUUCGUAUUCUGGUCGGGCUCAACUUAAACCGCUCCAACUUCAAAGAAAGCCAAGAACAUUUACCAUCCCAGUUUCUCUGGCCCAUGGAAAAACCACAAAUAAUCUAGAGUUUGAUAAAAUUGGUCGAGGGGAAGAAGAAUCUGGUAUGCAUAUAACCGGAAAGAAACAAUCCAUGUCUUUGUGUCCUAGUGAAUUUAGUGAGACUAGCAUGGUAUCCUCUUGCGAUCAAAGGACACAAUUACCCCGGAAAACGCUACCCAAAAGGGUGCUUGAAAAUCAUUCUGAUUCCAAGUUGUCGAGUAUAAACGAUGCCAGAGCCAGAAAACGCCAGCGUGAAAGCCAGCUGGAAUUUAAAAUUUUAAAAACGACUGGCCUCAUAGUUAUGUUAUUCUUUCUUCUUGUCUUUCCACGUAUUGUUGUGAUCAUUUAUAGUAUAUCUGCCGGAAAUGAUCUGGAAUAUGUCAUUCACGCAAGACUGUGGAUGAGAAUUCUUCUGUAUUGCAAUUCGGCUGUAAAUCCAUUUCUUUACAGCUUACGUCAUCGUGAAAUUUGGCACGAGUUUAUGAAGCUAGUGCGUUGCUGUUACUGGGGGACCGGAAGACGGCACGCGCGCGCAUGA